UCCAGAUAAGGCGACUGUGUACUGUUUAUGUCUUGCGGUACAUAAAUUUAAGAUCAAAUUGUAAUUACGGGAAACGACGCCACAUACAAGCAAACACAGGCACACGGGCACAGAUGCACACUAGCUGCUAUCUGAAAGGAGUUCAUUUCUCUUAACAACAAGUUACUUUUUACGUGUGACCCUGGUUUGUUAGAUGGUACACUGGGGUUGGAUGGCACACAUGUAGCAUUUGCGAUUAAGUCUCUUAUUUUAUUAUUUGCACAGUCCACGAUAGUUGUGUCUGGACAGAAGCGUCAUUUCGAUUUAAUUACAAUAUAUUACCCCCGGCAUCGCAGAGCUCCAAGGGCAGACGACCGUCUUUCCAUCACUUCCGAGCGGAAAGCGUAGAUCGGAGUAUCGUUGCAUUGGAGACCUGCCACUCGGUCGCGCCCCUGAAAUCUUUUUUUGCCUUAUUGUAGAUUCAUUCGCGACCUACAGCGUCCCUGGCACGUGCAGAGGAAUGAGUAGUUUUUUGCCUCAUUUGUAAGGACAACAGAAGGCUCGUUCAUCACGAUACAGCACACUGGUAAUGGCGGGGAAGUGCUUGGAUCCCGGGUCUGUGGGGAUCUCUGUGGAAGACACCGUGUGCAAUGGUGCUGCGCAGGAGGUGCCCUUGCUUGCGCGCCUGAAGAAGGUAGAGAACGACAUCACGGAGGCCCAGCGCUUCUCCCACCUUCCCAAGCGCUCCGCUGUGGACGUGGAGUUCACCGAACUCUCUUACACCAUUCGCGAGGGCCCCUGCUGGAGAAAGAGAGGUUACAAGGCCUUGCUGAAAUGCCUUUCUGGCAAGUUCUGCAACCAGGAGCUGAUUGGUAUUAUGGGGCCCUCAGGGGCAGGAAAGUCAACCUUGAUGAACAUCCUCGCUGGCUACAGGGAAUCUGGAAUGAAGGGACAGAUUUUAGUGAACGGGAAGCCGCGAGACCUGCGGACUUUCCGCAAGAUGUCCUGUUACAUCAUGCAGGACGACAUGCUGCUGCCACACCUCACUACACAAGAGGCCAUGAUGGUCUCUGCCAACUUGAAACUCCAUGAAAAUAUUGAUGUGAAAAAAGAGUUGGUAAAUGAAAUCCUGAUUGCCCUGGGACUGCAGGAAUGCGCUCACACUCGCACCAUCUCCCUGUCGGGGGGGCAGUGUAAACGCUUGGCCAUCGCCCUGGAGCUUGUCAACAACCCCCCCGUCAUGUUCUUUGAUGAGCCCACCAGUGGCCUCGACAGUGCCUCCUGUUUCCAGGUGGUGUCACUCAUGAAGUCACUGGCACAGGGUGGGCGGACGAUCAUCUGCACCAUCCACCAACCCAGCGCCAAGCUCUUUGAGAUGUUUGAUAAGCUGUACAUCCUAAGUCAGGGCCAGUGCAUAUACAAAGGGAAGGUGCCACACCUCAUCCCUUACCUGAAGAACCUGGGCCUGCACUGUCCCACCUACCACAACCCUGCAGAUUUCAUUAUUGAAGUAGCAUCAGGGGAAUAUGGAGACCUGAACCCUGUCCUGUUUGAGGCAGUGCAGGGGGGAAAGUGUGCUGUGGCGGAGGAAAACUCCUGUGAUAAACCUGACCCUGCUUCCCAAACCUGCACCUCUCAGAACCUCGGUGAACCUGGACAAACUGAGACGCACACAUUUGCAACAAGCUCCUUGACACAGUUUUGCAUUCUCUUCAAAAGGACCUUCGUCAUAAUAUGCAGAGAUUCGGUGUUGACACAUCUCAGAGUGAUGUCACACAUCUCCAUUGGUGUCCUGAUUGGCCUGCUUUACCUAAAUAUUGGCAAUGAUGCCAGCAAAGUCUUCAACAACACCGGCUUUCUCUUCUUCUCUAUGCUGUUCAUCAUGUUUGCUGCUCUGAUGCCUACUGUGCUUACAUUUCCACUGGAGAUGUCAGUGUUUCUUAGAGAACAUCUGAACUACUGGUACAGCCUGAAAGCCUACUAUCUUGCCAAAACAAUGGCUGACAUUCCAUUCCAGAUCAUCUGCCCGAUCAUGUACUGCAGUAUAGUGUACUGGAUGACGGAGCAGCCUCCCGAGGCCAGCCGCUAUCUGCUCUUCAUGGCCCUGUCCACCUGCACCGCCCUCGUAGCACAGUCACUGGGGCUCCUGGUUGGCGCUGCAUCCACGUCCCUGCAGGUGGCCACUUUUGUUGGUCCCGUAACCGCUAUUCCUGUCCUACUAUUCUCUGGCUUCUUUGUCAACUUUGACACCAUUCCUAAAUAUCUACAAUGGAGCUCCUACCUGUCCUAUGUCAGGUAUGGCUUUGAGGGUGUGAUUCUCUCCAUCUAUGGAAUGAACCGCACAGAGCUGGAGUGUCCAGGGAAGGUGUGCAAAUUCCAGAAGCCAGAGGAGGUUCUCCAGUUGCUGGAUGUGGAGGAUGCUAAGCUCUACGUGGACUUCAUUGCGCUGGGUGUUUUCUUCUUCAUUCUGCGAUUGGCCACUUACCUGGUCCUGCGCUACAAGGUCAAGUCUGAGCGAUAGGCCUCUUCCUGGACACCUCACACCCGCUGAAAAACCAACAAAUGCGUAACGCUUCCAAAUCCUUGUCCCACUUGUAUUUUUUUAUCUUGCUAUUCUUCUGAACUGCAGUACAGUUCAUCGCUAAGGCAACGUGAUCCUCAGAAACUAAGAGUGGUUAGUUAUAAAGCCUUCGGGUUUCACUAAUGAAGGAAGCGCAGAAGCUGUGGAACUUGCUGGAAGAAUGCACUGAAAAUGGAAAAGUUUGCAGCUUACACAUGCUAUGAACUCUGCAAAGGCUGUCUAAGUGCCUGUGGGUCACAUUUAAAGAGAAAUUAAUUCCACUUAUAAACUGUGAAUUGUUCCUUUUGUAAGGAGAUGAAUAUUCUUUAUUUUUUACAUUUUGAAUGUAUUAGUUAUUGUAUAGAUGCAUUUUGUUUUUUUAAUAGUUGUAUUUUAUACUUCAUCGCAUAUUGUCUAUCUGUCAUGUCCUUGUCACACCUGUCAAGAUGGUAAAUUAUGUUAACAAGAGCCCUAUUCUGACUAUUAUUCUAAGAUUAUUUUUACACAAGGAUGUCCUGUAAUUGGAAUUAUUACCUAUUACUCUGGUGAUUUUAGUCCCUUCAGACUCUGCCAUGUUGGUAAUUUUUACCUGGCUGCAAAGUAAAUUUCCCAUCCUGAAUUACCUACCAUUUUUUUUUGAGGGGGGGAAGUAGAUAACCAAGGUCUUCUGGUAAUACUAUUCUUGUGUAAUAUGCAGCAAAACAUGUGGAACACAGUCACUAAUUGGAGUGGGGUUACUGUGGAUUUUUAAAAUCUUGUCAGAAUGCUCUGCUGGAAUUACCCACAUAAUAAAUAAAAAAUACAUUACAGAACCUCCUUGGUUCAAACUUAACCCAUCAGUACAGGCCUAAAGACAUCUACAGGAAAAGUAUUAUUAUUAUAGUAAAAUUAAUCUGGUUAUUAUUAAAUACCAUAUAAUAAACAGAGCAUGUCCUUGCA